AUGGAGCAGACGGCACUGACGAAGAUAGACAGGUACAGCCAAGUGCCUGGAAUGAAUUCUGGGGACAUCACGGCCUUUCUGAGGGCCUUCGAGCGGGAGGUGCUCGAACCGGAGCUGUAUGCAGAGCGCUACAGUCGCACGGUGACGGCCAAGCAGGCGACGGUGGUCCUGGGAGACUUGCAUGGACAGCUCUUCAACUUGCUCGCGUUCCUCCUUGACCUCCAUACACAAGUGAACAUAAAGUACCUUUCCCUUCAUCCCGCAUCCAAGCUUUUGAUUUGCGACCCAAAGAUACAGUAUGUCUUCAUGGGCGAUUACGUGGAUCGCGGCGAACGAAGUGUGGAGAUCGUCAUGCUCCUGUUCGCCUACAAAGCAUUGUGCCCUUCCGGCAUAAUCCUGCUCCAAGGCAACCACGAGCAAGCGGCAACAAAUGAAUACUAUGGCUUCAGCAAGGAGGUUGAGUACAAGCUAGACAGGGUAUGGAAGAUGGCAAAUCCUCAAUCCUAUGGCCGCUACGGCCAGCACUCGAUGCACUCUGCGCAAUCUCCGCUCUGGCGUCAAUUCAACAGCGUAUUUUCCAAGCUGCCCUUUGUUGCGGUCUUGCCGGGGGGGUUCAUGGCCACUCACGGGGGCAUCUCCCCAACUUUUGUGAAGGCAUGCUCGAACCAAAGGGGCAACUUCCGAGAAUGCUUGAGCCCGGGUAUUGGCGCGGAGAUGGUAUGGGCAGACCCCCACGAGGGAAGCGGAUGGGAUGCAUCUCCUCGCGGCGCAGGCGCCUGGAGAUUUGGCAGGGAUAUCGCCCUCCAGUUCUUGUAUUCGAACGGGUUGAAGAGGCUACUUCGAGGUCAUGAGCAAAUGGCAAAGGGGAUUAGCACCAUUUGGCUCGACACAAAGUCCGAAUACGCUGUGCAAACCGUCUUCUCAGCGGCCGACUACGUUGGGACGUUUUGUGUCGACAAGACAACCAACCGCCCUUUGCGACUUCCAGCAUGGGAACCGCAGAUGUUCAAUGGAGGUGGUCAGAGAAAUCAUGGGGGCAUGAUGGUAGUUGACCAUUCCGCCGGCAGCCGCAUGGACUUCCACCCGUGUAUCCUCAGUGGAAAGGAAGCUCGGAAGCUGGCGAAGACAUUUACGGGGGCACACUGCCAUCACUCUGUUUCCGCGAGCGCAACAAGGGAAUGCGGAUGCCACGCGCUACUUCGACAACGAAUGAAGCCCCGAUCAUCAAUAUCUCCGUCUGUACAGGCAGAGCACAUAAACUGCGCUUCGGGAAGCUAUUCGCUACAGACAGUCCUGAACAAGAGCAAGACACAGUUGAUCGCAUUGUGGGCAAUUUCCUCUCCACUACUUGCGCUUAUUCCCACAACCCGGUGA